UGGACGUAUGCCCACUUCCUAACAAAAUGUUCCAAUUUUGGUUUUGAUGGCAUUGGAGAGUGGAGUUGAGGCCAGCCUGGAGUUUAAUGUAACCAGUUUUGCUUGCCUGGCAAAGAUCAUCCUACAUAGGGCCGGAGAAGGCAAGACAAGGCACGAUACCCCCAGAACUUGAACCAAUGAAAGAAGCAUAUGGUACUUCUGAAGAUAAAUGUUACUUCUCCUUUUUAAAUCAGAACUGCUUAGGACCUGUAUAUGACUUUUCAGCUGGGAUCUGUCCUUUCAGUAGCUUCUGACUUUGAGUUACAGGAAGGUCUCUGAAGAUUUGUAUCAAAUGACGUCAAUGGCCAGCUUGUUUUCUUUUACUAGUCCAGCAGUAAAACGAUUGUUGGGCUGGAAGCAAGGUGAUGAGGAGGAGAAAUGGGCAGAAAAGGCAGUCGAUGCUUUGGUGAAAAAGCUAAAAAAGAAAAAGGGUGCCAUGGAGGAACUGGAGAAAGCCUUGAGCAGUCCAGGACAGCCGAGCAAAUGUGUUACUAUUCCCAGAUCUUUAGAUGGACGCCUGCAAGUUUCUCACAGAAAAGGCUUACCCCACGUUAUAUAUUGUCGUGUUUGGCGCUGGCCUGAUUUACAGAGUCAUCAUGAGCUAAAGCCAUUGGAUAUUUGUGAAUUUCCUUUUGGAUCUAAGCAAAAAGAAGUUUGUAUCAAUCCAUACCACUAUAAGAGAGUGGAGAGUCCAGUCUUACCUCCAGUAUUAGUGCCUCGUCAUAAUGAAUUCAAUCCACAACACAGCCUUCUGGUUCAGUUUAGGAACCUGAGCCACAAUGAACCGCACAUGCCACAAAAUGCCACGUUUCCGGAUUCUUUCCACCAGCCCAACAAUACUCCUUUUCCCUUAUCUCCAAAUAGCCCCUAUCCCCCUUCCCCUGCUAGCAGCACAUAUCCUAACUCCCCGGCAAGUUCUGGACCAGGAAGUCCAUUUCAGCUCCCAGCUGAUACACCUCCUCCUGCCUAUAUGCCACCAGAUGAUCAGAUGGGUCAAGAUAAUUCCCAGCCUAUGGAUACAAGCAAUAAUAUGAUUCCUCAGAUUAUGCCCAGUAUAUCCAGCAGAGAUGUUCAGCCUGUUGCCUAUGAAGAGCCCAAACAUUGGUGUUCAAUUGUCUACUAUGAAUUAAAUAAUCGUGUCGGGGAAGCUUUUCAUGCAUCUUCUACUAGUGUGUUAGUAGAUGGAUUCACAGAUCCUUCAAAUAAUAAAAGUAGAUUCUGUUUGGGGCUGUUGUCAAAUGUUAAUCGUAAUUCGACGAUCGAAAACACUAGACGACAUAUUGGAAAAGGUGUUCAUCUGUACUAUGUUGGCGGGGAGGUGUAUGCAGAGUGCCUCAGUGACAGCAGCAUAUUUGUACAGAGUAGGAACUGCAACUUUCAUCAUGGCUUUCAUCCCACCACUGUCUGUAAGAUUCCCAGCAGCUGCAGCCUCAAAAUUUUUAACAAUCAGGAGUUUGCUCAGCUUCUGGCUCAAUCUGUCAACCAUGGGUUUGAGGCAGUGUAUGAGCUCACCAAAAUGUGCACCAUUCGAAUGAGUUUUGUCAAGGGCUGGGGAGCAGAAUAUCACCGGCAGGAUGUCACCAGCACCCCGUGUUGGAUUGAGAUUCAUCUUCAUGGGCCUCUUCAAUGGCUGGAUAAAGUUCUUACUCAGAUGGGCUCCCCUCUGAACCCCAUAUCUUCUGUUUCAUAGUGCAGAAGCAUUCUUUUCAAUUAUAUUAUUAGUGGACUUGUUUUAAUUUUAGAGAAACUUUCAGUACAGAUACUGUGAGCUUACAUGGAAAACACAUACUACAGCCUUUUUUUUUUUUUUUUUUUUUACAUAAUUGUGACCAAUAUAUUUGUAUUUUGUGAUGAAUCUACAUUUGUUUGUAUUCAUUUUCAUGUGAUUAAUUCUCAAAAGUGUUGUAAAAGAUGCACAGUAAGUAUUAUGCCCCAAUUCAGAACAUGCUCUUCAAUUGGAACACGCUUUUGCUUUAUUGUCCCAACAAUUUUUUUAUUUGCUAUUGUUGAAAAGCAGUGCAUCACAUGAUGAAAAAUUUAUAAUACCGUAAAAGGAUAUAUACAGUGAAAAGUAUGUCUUCCUUCCUAUUCUUGAUCUUCCAGAUGUUAUACUUUUACCAGUUUCUUUGUCCCACUAACUUAAAAAAUAUAUGUAAUUCAUUGUUUUUCAAAAGCAUAUGGUUGGGGCUUAAAAGAAACUAUAAAAAAAUUUCUUUUAUUUGAAGGAACACUAUGCAUUGCUCUAACAAAUAUUGUUCAGUACGGUCAAAGCAAAGUGAUAGUUUUCUAGAUGACAUCAUAAAAUUUGCAUUCAAUACAGCUAAAGUCAGUGUAAUGUGACUUCAUACUAUAUAUCUUGUAAAACAUUUCUUUUUUUUAAAAAAAACAGAAUGAUUGCAAAUAACUGAUCUCCAGUAUAUGUCAUUUACUCAAAAUCUGUCUUAAGUACUACUUUAUAGCUAGUUAACAGUGCAUGCACGGCCUUGUUCUGCUAUGUUUGCUGCUUUUGGCCCAUGUUGCAAGAACUCUAAUUCUGACAUGCAUUAAUCUUUUAUUUUGCACUUUUAUGGGUGACAGUUGUUAGUGUAACCUUUGGUAAAACACACUCAAGUGACUUAGACUUAGAUGCUUGUUCUUACUUCCUUGGUACCCCAUUUGUAUUAACAAACACUGCAAUUUAUAGAUUACAGUUGUAGAAAGUUAUGCUUUUUCUAGCUUUUGUUUUAUUUUCAACCUAGGAUAUGAGACUGUUAUUCUGUAGCUCCAACUUAAGGUGCCUUUUUAAUUCCCUACAGUUUUAUAGAUGUUAUUAAUAUUGGAAAAUCAUGUACUUAAUGCCAUUGCUCUUACUUUCAUAAGUCUCUUCAUGCAAGGACCUAUGCACUGUAGCCAUAGGAAGCUCUUCAGUUUGUCCCCAAGGAUGUGACUACUGGUCUGAUAUUUAAAUCAAUCAGUAGUGGAUAUUGGGAUAGCUGAUACAGUCACAUAUCAAAGAAUGCAGACAGUUCUCUCACUUAUCAUUGAUGCUCUGUCUUUUUACAUUGUUUUAGUACUUACAUGGAUGCUAGACCUCAGAACACAAUUUUUAGAGAAGAAGGACAUGAAAACUCUAAAAUAUCCAUUUAGCCAGUCAUGCCUUUGGCUUUGAGUAAAGGACUCUUAACCACUUUUUCUAGGGAGCAGUGAAAUGGACAUUUAGUUAUGGCAAGAGAAUGAAGAAAUUAUUUGAGGGAAAAAAGACCCAAUUUACCUAUCAGAAGCUUUAUUUUCUGGUGCCUUUUGAAAGUAUAUGGAGCCAUGCAAUUCUUCUGUUUAAAAUGUUAGUUUGGUUUGACUUUCUACUUUGCCCUUUCUUCUUUUAUGAUUUUAAAAAAUACAUUUUUGAAGAAAAGAUUAUGCAAUUCCUUUUGUUUUCUGUGUCAUUAUUUAUUGCUUUUUUGAAGUGCAGCCAGUGGAUGGUCUUAGUUCUUUCAGAUGAAGUGCCAUUUGUGUUUCAGCUCAGUCCUUUGCUGAGUAAAAGGAAUACUCCCUGACACUCAUCCAGAAUUGUGUCAGCCAUACGAAAGAGAAUUCUGUUUAGUGAUAGAACAUAUUUAGUGACAGGUAGAUAUUUUCAUCAUUAUUUUACUUACCAGGCUCAUGGCACGAUCUUCAGGACAAAUUUGUGGACAAAAAUUAUAUUGAAUGAUGGAUACAUGUAAUCAUCUUCAAUGAGCUGUAGUAAACUAGUGGAAACUA